CUCCUCCAGGAUAAAAGCAUGAGCCGCAUGCUGCGGAGAAGGAGCGCCGCGCCUCGCAGCCAGCCUCCCCGUGUUUUCCUCCAGGAUCUAGACUAGACUGUUUCGCCUUCCUCUAGCCCAGGAUCCGGACUCGGGAGAAGCCCAGAAACGGGGAGAGGGGGGGGGGGAGCCAGAGCGAGAUAUAUCGCAGCUUCCUUGUGUUAUGUUGGGCAACAGAAAGAAAGCCGCGGCGGCGAAGAAUGGAGCCGGGACGUCCGAGUCCAAGGCCAUCGAUCCCCUCAGGAAUCUGGCAGUGCAAGAGGAUGAAGAUGUGAAGCGGAUGUUGCAGGGCUCCAGUAUGGUCAAGGUCCGCUCGCCUCGCUGGCAGAAGAGACGAACUCUGAAGCUGAUGGGAGACGGUGUCACAGUGUGGUGUCAGUCCCACAAAACCUCCAGCUGGGCCAAGGAGCAACAAUCCUUCUCUGUCAUGGAAGUGGAGUGUGUUCGGGAGGGGUGCCAGUCAGAGACGCUGCGGCAGAUGGUCGGCUCAGUACCCGAGCAACGGUGUUUGACGGUGGUCUUCAAAGGUCCUCGCAAGAGCCUGGAUCUCCUCUGCCAGAGCCAGGAGGAGGCUCAGCAUUGGGCCCGCGGCAUCCGAACCCUGCAGGAACGGGUGGAAAACAUGACCCAGAAGGAGAAACUGGACCACUGGAUUCAUGCUUACCUGAGUCGGGCCGACCAGAACCACGAUGAUAAGAUGAGUUAUGACGAAGUCCAGACACUGCUGCAGAUGAUCAACAUUGACCUGAAUGAGCAGUACGCCCGUAGCCUCUUCCAGAAAUGUGACCAGUCAGCCGACGGCCGUCUGGACCACGGAGAGAUCGAAGUGUUCUGCAGGGAGUUGUUACGGAGACCAGAGCUGGAUGCUGUGUUUAUCCGCUACUCUGCCAAUGGCUGUGUACUUUCCACUGUGGACCUGAGGGAAUUCUUGAAGGACCAAGGGGAGGACGCUUCAGUCACCCACGCCCAAAGCCUGAUCCUCACCUAUGAACUUAACGAGUGGGCCCAGAAGAACCAGUUCAUGACCCCCAAUGGUUUCACCAUGUACAUGCUGUCUAAGGAGAACUGUGUGUUGAACCCGGAACAUGCUAGGGUUUACCAAGACAUGAAGCACCCACUGGCACACUACUUCAUCUCCUCCUCCCACAACACCUACCUCACUAAGGACCAGCUGACUGGGGCCAGCAGCACAGAGCCAUACAUCCGAGCGCUGAAUCAUGGCUGCCGCUGUGUGGAGCUGGACUGUUGGGAUGGAGAUAAAGGAGAGCCAGUCAUCUAUCACGGUCACACACUCACCUCCAAAGUGCUCUUUGUCGAAGUCAUCGAGACGAUCAACGAAUAUGCUUUUAAAGCAUCUCCUUUCCCUCUGAUCCUGUCCCUGGAGAACCACUGCUCCGUGGAGCAGCAGACAGUGAUGGCGCGACACCUGCGAUCCAUCCUGGGAGACAAACUCCUCACCAAACCCCUCAAUGAUCUGGAUCCUAACAGCCUGCCUUCACCAGAGGAUCUUAAGGGUAAAAUCCUGGUGAAGGGGAAGAAAAUGCACGUGGUGGAGGAGUGCUCGUCCAGCUCUUCAGACCUCAGCUGCUCAGACGAGGAGGUCAGCAGCGCUGAAGGCAGACCCGGCAGUAAGAAAGAAGACCAGAAGCCAGGUGUGUCUAAGCUGAGUCCGGAGCUGUCAGCGCUGGUCGUCUACGCCCGCAGUGUUCCCUUUAAAAGCUUUGAACAAGCAGCCAAGGCCCCCGCAACUUACAUGUCCUCUUUCUCUGAAAGUGAAGCACUAAGACUUGUGAAGGACUCAGGGACGUAUUUUGUUCGUCAUAACACCCACCAGCUCAGCAGGAUUUACCCCUCAGGCCAGCGCCUCCAGUCCUCCAACUACAACCCUCAGGAGAUGUGGAACGGAGGCUGUCAAAUUGUUGCUUUGAAUUUUCAGACACCUGGUGAACAGAUGGACCUAAACGAAGGCAGGUUUAUGCAGAAUGGUCGCUGUGGGUACACGUUGAAGCCUCCCUUCAUGUGCCAGCCGGACACCACCUUCAACCCGGAGAACGUUGGUGGAGGUCCUGGUCACAGACCUGUCCUGCUCACUGUUCGGGUUAUUUCAGCUCAGCAGCUUCCUAAACCAGAAUGGGACAAACCCAGCUCGAUUGUGGACCCUCAUGUGUGGGUGGAGAUACAUGGUGUUCCCAUAGACAACUACAAGAAGAAAACUCAUCAUGUCGACAACAAUGGCUUUAACCCACGAUGGGACUGUAGCUUUAACUUUACCGUCCAUGUUCCUGACCUGGCUCUGGUUCGCUUCCUGGUGGAGGACCAUGACUAUACCUCAAGCAAUGACUUCCUAGGACAAUACACCCUGCCUUUUACAAGUCUUCGUACAGGAUAUCGUCAUGUCCGACUGCUCAAGAUGGAUGGCUCCAGCCUCUCGCCCUCCUCCCUCUUCAUCCAUCUUAAGGUCACCCAAUGUCAGAGCAGUCCCUCAAAAUCAUCAGCUAAGUCCCCGGCCAAGUCUCCAGCCAAAAACCCCUAACCCCGUCUCUACCCCAUAGCAUCAUGAAGCAUGAAGGCCACCAUGGGAUGGAGAUGCCUGGACAUACUCUGUCUGCACGGAUCCAGGCCAAAAAAAAAUCGAGGCCCUAAUUUAUAAAACGUAACGGUCAUAACCUUGACCUACAAAUGUUGCAGCUAUAUCCUCGACCUGUCUAUGUUUUACGGAGAAAAGGGAUUUUGUUGUUUUUAAUCACCUCAUUUAAAAGAGAUUUUUAGAGCAGAAACUUGAGCUUAAUGACA